CCCGCUCCCCGCACAGCCACUCUCAUCCGGCUCGGGACGUUCUCCGCUCCACGCACACGCAGAUUAAAGGGGAUUCUGCCUCCCCGCUCGUGCGCGGAUGUCCUUGAGCUCGGCCUGCACGGCCCUGCUGGUGCAGCAAUAGCUACCUCUGAACUGGAUCCACUUCAUCAGAAGCCUUUGCCUUGCUUGCCCCUCUCUCCAUCCGUCCAUCGCCCCUCUGGCCCUUUCUGUAAGUCUGUCGGGCCCGUCCGUCCAUCUGUCCAUGGACUGGCCGUGACCCCCGAGGGAGGGGUCGCAGAGGAGUCCCAGGAAAAGAAAGCUGGAUUCAUUCAGACCUGACGCUUCUGAAGAGCCCCUGCUUGCUGUCCUUGAUCCCCCUCACCCACGUUUCCUCCUCCUCUUCCUCCAGGUAUGGAGAUAUAAAAGAGCAGUGGGAGGCUAGGCCGAAAUAAAGAGGUUAACUAAGAAUAAUCAACCAGUUCCCCUUCAUUGCCCUUAAAUGAAAUUAAAAAAAGCUUUAAUUGUGGCUAUGAUUACACAUUUUUAAAUAAGACUGAAUCAAGAUUCUCAACCCUCCAGCACCUAAACGAACAGGGAACUGAGUUAAGGAGAGACUACAAGGCGAGAGGAGCAACAAAACAGAAGAAAUACAACUUACUGACAUGUCAACAACUGCCACUAUGGGUGAAAUGGCAAACAGCGCGGUGGAGUUUUAUCCCAAAGGGACGCGAGCUGUGGGCGGAGGAGGAAGGGCUGACGGCAGCCAUGCAGGGGGGGAAUUCGGGGUCACAGUGACGGAGCUCACGGAGCUAAUGGAGCUCCGGGGGACCGAUGCCCUGCAGAAGAUCCAGGAGAGCUACGGGGACACAGAGGGGCUUUGCCAGAGACUACAGUCCAGCACCACUGAUGGCCUCAGCGGGGAUCCGGCAGACAUGGAGCGUCGGUACCAAACGUUCGGCCAAAACUUCAUCCCGCCAAAGAAGGCCAAGACCUUCCUGGAACUUGUGUGGGAGGCCUUACAGGAUGUCACUCUCAUCAUCUUGGAGGCCGCAGCCAUCAUCUCCCUCGGCCUCUCUUUCUACCAGCCUCCCGGAAAGGAAAGCGAAGCGUGUGGCGAUGUGUCAGGGGCCGCAGAAGAUGAAGGCGAGGGUGACACUGGAUGGAUCGAGGGCGCGGCCAUCCUACUGUCCGUCGUGUGUGUCGUCCUGGUGACGGCAUUCAACGACUGGUCCAAAGAGAAGCAGUUCCGGGGCCUACAGAGUCGGAUUGAACAAGAACAGAAGUUCACUGUGGUGCGCAAAGGAAAUGUCAUCCAGAUUCCCGUGGCUGACAUGGUGGUGGGGGACAUGGCGCAGGUCAAAUACGGGGACUUGCUGCCGGCUGACGGAGUCUUGGUCCAAGGGAAUGAUCUGAAGAUAGAUGAGAGCUCUCUCACAGGAGAGUCUGACCACGUGGCCAAAUGUGUGGAGAAGGACCCCAUGCUGCUCUCAGGUACCCAUGUGAUGGAGGGCUCCGGCAGGAUGCUGGUCACAGCUGUAGGUGUCAACUCGCAGACGGGCAUCAUCUUCACCCUGCUGGGUGCUGGAGAAAUCGAGGAAGAAGGGAAGGACAAGAAAGGAAAACAACCUGACGGAGCUGUGGAGAACAAUCAGAACAAAGCCAAGAAGCAGGAUGGGGGUGUUGCCAUGGAGAUGCAACCCCUGAAAAGUGCAGAGGGGGGGGAGGUAGAGGACCGAGAGAAGAAGAAGACCAGUGUACCAAAGAAAGAGAAGAGCGUGUUACAGGGCAAGCUCACCAAACUAGCGGUUCAGAUUGGCAAAGCAGGUUUGGUGAUGUCAGCCAUCACUGUCAUCAUUCUGGUGCUGUUCUUCGUCAUAAACACGUUUGUCGUUGAAGGUCACACGUGGCUAGCAGAGUGCACUCCGGUCUACGUGCAGUAUUUUGUCAAGUUCUUCAUCAUCGGCGUCACUGUGCUGGUAGUGGCAGUCCCAGAAGGGUUACCUCUCGCUGUCACCAUCUCUCUGGCUUACUCGGUCAAGAAAAUGAUGAAGGACAACAACCUUGUACGCCACCUGGAUGCCUGCGAGACCAUGGGCAAUGCCACGGCCAUCUGCUCCGACAAGACGGGCACGCUGACCACCAACCGCAUGACGGUGGUGCAGACUCACAUAGGUGAUGUGCAUCACCGCAUGGUCCCGGACCCUGGACAGAUAAACCCGCGGACACUGGAUCUAUUAGUCAAUGCUAUCGCUAUCAACAGCGCCUACACCUCCAAGAUCUUACCGCCUGAUGUAGAGGGGGGUCUGGCCAAGCAGGUGGGCAACAAGACAGAGUGUGGCCUGCUGGGGUUUGUAUUAGACCUGCAGCGGGACUACGCCCCCGUCAGAGAGCAGAUCCCUGAGGAGAGACUGUACAAGGUGUACACAUUCAACUCUGUGCGUAAAUCCAUGUGCACGGUGAUCAAGCUGCCUGACGGCUCAUUCCGCCUCUACAGCAAAGGAGCCUCUGAGAUCCUGCUGAAGAAGUGUUCUUUCAUCCUAGAUGCCAAUGGAGAAGCACGUACAUUCCGUCCACGUGACAGAGAUGACAUGGUCAAACAGGUGAUUGAGCCAAUGGCAUGUGAGGGGUUGAGAACCAUCUGCAUUGCCUACCGAGACCUGCCGUGUAACCCGGAGCCGGAUUGGGAAAACGAAGCAGACAUCUUGAACGAACUGACCUGCCUCUCUGUGGUGGGGAUAGAAGACCCUGUGCGGCCAGAGGUGCCCGAUGCCAUCCGUAAGUGUCAGCGUGCGGGCAUCACGGUACGGAUGGUGACUGGUGACAACAUCAACACAGCGAGGGCCAUUGCUGUUAAAUGUGGCAUUAUCCACCCUGGAGAUGACUUUAUCUGUCUGGAGGGCAAAGAUUUCAACCGGAGAAUCAGGAACGAGAAAGGAGAGAUUGAACAGGAACGUAUCGACAAAAUAUGGCCCAAACUUCGCGUGUUGGCUCGAUCCUCACCAACCGACAAACACACCCUGGUCAAAGGAAUCAUCGACAGCACCGUCCUGGAACAAAGACAGGUCGUGGCAGUAACAGGAGAUGGAACCAAUGACGGUCCAGCUUUGAAGAAGGCUGAUGUGGGCUUCGCCAUGGGCAUCGCGGGAACAGAUGUGGCUAAAGAAGCAUCUGACAUCAUCCUGACUGAUGACAACUUCAGCAGCAUUGUCAAGGCGGUGAUGUGGGGACGAAAUGUCUACGAUAGCAUCUCCAAGUUCCUGCAGUUCCAGCUCACGGUCAACGUAGUGGCUGUCAUAGUGGCCUUCACAGGCGCCUGCAUCACUCAGGACUCUCCUCUGAAGGCAGUGCAGAUGCUGUGGGUGAAUCUCAUCAUGGACACGUUUGCUUCUCUGGCUCUGGCCACUGAGCCGCCCACUGAGGACCUGUUGCUAAGGAAACCUUAUGGUCGGAACAACCCGCUCAUCUCACUGACCAUGAUGAAGAACAUCCUGGGCCAUGGAGUGUACCAGCUGAUCAUCAUCUUCACCCUGUUGUUCAUAGGCGAGCGCAUCUUCAACAUCGACAGUGGUCGCCACGCACCGCUGCACUCCCCUCCCUCCGAGCACUACACCAUCAUCUUCAACACCUUCGUCCUCAUGCAACUUUUCAACGAGAUCAACGCGCGCAAGAUCCACGGAGAGAGAAAUGUCUUUGACGGCAUAUUUGCCAACCCGAUCUUCUGCAGUAUUGUUGUGGGAACCUUUAUUGUGCAGAUCGUGAUCGUGCAGUGGGGAGGGAAGCCCUUCAGUUGUGCCCCUCUCAACAUGGAACAGUGGCUCUGGUGUCUGUUCGUAGGAGUUGGCGAGCUCCUCUGGGGACAGGUAAUCGCCACGGUGCCUACAGAGCGGCUGCCGUGCCUGAAGGAGGCGGGGCUGGGCCUGGAGCCCGGGGAAGAGGAAGGGGAGGAGAUGGCGGAGGAUGAGGAGGAGAUUGACUGUGCUGAGAGAGAGCUGCGCCGUGGACAGAUCCUCUGGUUCAGAGGACUCAACCGCAUCCAGACCCAGAUGGAGGUAGUGAGCACGUUCAAGCGAAGCGGUUCGUUUCAGGGAGCGGUGAGGCGGCGCUCCUCCGUGCUCAGUCAGCUCCACGACGUAAACACUAUCUCUACCCCCUCUCACAUGCGGGUGGUGAAAGCAUUCCGUAGUUCCCUGUACGAGGGCCGGGAGAAACCGGAAUCCCGCAACUCCAUCCACAACUUCAUGGCCCACCCGGAGUUCCUCAUCAACGACCUCAUCCACAACAUCCCGCUGAUCGACGACACUGACGUGGACGACGAAUCAGAGCUCAGCAGAUACCAGCACCUGCACCCGGCCCUCCGCAAGCCUCCGCCCCCUCCUACCCAGCCCCCGGCCCGCUCCCACCCCACCCGGCCCUACCGCCAGUACAGCCUCCCGGUGACCCCGUGCAACCGAAACAACAACAACAACAGCAGCAGCAGCGGCGUCUGUUCAACAGUCACCCACGGCGACAAAAGCAGCCCCGACGCAGCAGCCCCCGGCAACCGGAGCCCACGUCAGCCCCACUGCCACCAACACCACCACACCCAUCAUGGCAGGGACAGGCCGGUGAAACUCGACGCCCCUCACCUAGCCCACCGCUGCUGCGUGGAGACCUCCUUAUGACUGAGCUGAACGGAGGGGGGAGGGAGAACGGGGGGCAGCGCAGGACUCACCAUUGACAUUUUCAUCCAAUCGUCCUUUCAGCACACUAACAGGAGGGAGCGAAGGACAGGGGGGUGCUGGAGGGAGUGGACAAUGACUGGAGAUUUCAGCUCGCAACUCCCUGAGAACAUUACGACUGUCCCUCCUCACGUCCUCUCAGUCUGACCCCCUGACAACUACAGCCCCCCGACGCCCUCCACCCUCCCAUCUGUCGCCCCCUCACCGGAGAACCCAACCACCCUGCCCCCCUGACCGCACGCACAUGUGUCCCACACAUGCACAGGUCUGCUCUCGCCACCUUGUCCUGCGUGGCGGUGGGUUUGGGGGGGAGAGGACGGACAUUCCAAAAAAACACAUCGCCCCUCGCCUCACGUCGAGGUCAGAGGCGGAGCCGCUCUGUUUCUCUUGGUAUGCAUCAUCGCCCCCUACCUACCUGUCACCCCCCCUCACCUCCUCCACUCUCGAUCACUGGUGGACGAGUGAAACGCUUUGUCAAAGCUUUAACUACACUUCAACUCCAUGCUUUCAUUCAUUCAUUUCUUAACACAAUGGUUUGCAUUCAUAUUCACAUCGGUUUGUUUAUUGAUUUUCUAGUUCUGAGGAACUUAAAGUCAUUCCUGUCUCUCUUUUAGUGUGUGUUUGUGUAUUGUCUUGUCACUUCUGAAAAAAACUAAAACAAAAUAAUAUCAAAAAUAGAACUUGCAAAGAAGAUAUUGUUCAUUUAAACGUAAUAGUAAAUAGUUUGGCUGCGAAAGUUGGGAAAUACGUAUAUAUAUAUGAAAUAUGUAUACAUAUAUAUGUAUAGUUUGUAUGUUUGGGAGGCCAACACACAGAACUCGUCACGUUCAUCUCUCAUAAGUCGCAUAAGUCCAAGUGAGCUGUCCCUGUAGUAACCCCCUCUGCUAUGAGAUGAUCCCGUGUGUGAGACGUUUGUGCAGACCACACUACGCCUCCUGCUGAUGAACUGAGGAGUCUGUGUUUGGUCAUCUUCUUCCACUUCACUUCUGUUAGCGCUGCAUUGCUUUCUCUCUUGCUGUUCCUCAGGCCAUUGUGUCGUUUGUCUUGUCUUGUCUCGUCUGGACUUUUACUAGUGUGUGUGUGUGUGUGUGUGUGUGGCAGCUUUAUUCUUUGGAAGCAUUAACCCUUUAAAUGGCAUCAAACACACAAUGGUGUGACAGGUGGUGGCCCUUUAAGACUCUCACAUCAGACCUGCCCUGCUUUGGUGCCCUUGUGCCGUCUCCAUCACGGACCAGUGCCCUGGUGGACAAAGAGAUGGUUUCAGUUUGAUCCAGUCCUUUUUUUACAGAGGUCUUCAUCUAGCUGUGUGAGGGAGGUGGGGGUCACUGUUGGAUGUUUUGACUCAAGCUGUCAUACCCAUGUUGUAUGUUAUUAUUCAGCUUUGGUCCCGAAGCCUCUACUAAACCAAUGAGAGCACAUGCGUGAUGUCCAUGUGUCAAACAUCAUUGUGAUGAAAUAAUUAGUUGUUUAAAACACUUUUAAGGGACACUCAGACAAUACACAUAGUUACUUUCAUGCUGGGAGCCAUGUGAGGAGUGAUACUAUUGUCAUUUCUGCACCUGUGAAGCUGUAUAUCUCAUUAGGUGAAUCGGUUCCUUACACCAUAUCCGCAGGCCUUAGCAUUAGAUUAGAACAAUUAGCCUGGGUAGCUGUGAAAAUGUAUGGAAUUGAAUUUCCAAAAAUCCAAUAUCUCUGGGUUGUCUGGAGACAUAGACACAGGUGCUACUAUGUUAGAUAACAGUAGAAGGAUGUUGUUACUUUCAGACUUCUUAACGUAAAACAGGGCACAACAUGCUGCAUGAGCCCUCUGCAGAAAGAAAUCCCAUUUGGAACAUUGCCUCAACAUUCCAUGGAACAUACAUUCCAAACAGCCGCAUCACAUUCCAGACCUGCCGUGCCAGUCAUCUCCUGCAUCCCAUGUUGCACUAGGUGUGGGUGAACCGCUGACUCCAUGUUUCCUCGGACCAUGACUCACUCCCCCCCCCCCCCUCCCCCCCCCGGUUAACCCAGUUGACCUCUGAGUCAUCAGCCCAUCCCCCCACCACAGAAAGGCAAUGGCAGACAAUAUGCAAAGUGACGGCUAUGUGGACGGUGAUGACGACACGCACACGCGGUGAGAGGGCGGAGCGUCCUGAUGGAGGAUGCUCUCUGGGAGCCCCGUCUCCUUGACUGCCCAUCAGCAUCAUCUUCUCCACCACCAUUUGGGCGUGGGCCCGAGGUGACAUCGUAUUAGUCUGUCUGUUUUAAAGCAUGCAUUUGGUAUCAUUAAUGUCACUCUUUAUGUGUUGGUAAAUGGUUUAGGAUACUGUGUGCUAUGACCUCUCCACAUCUGCUCUCUUCUCCCCCUUCGAACACACACACACACACACAACCUACUCUACUUUAGCCCCUCUUAGCACAGCUCGAUCAAUGCUUUCUGACACACACACACACACACAGGGAAACAACAGUCUUAUCUAGUGGUGUAAAUUUGACUGUCCAGUUCCAGCCAUCUUUGUCCAUCCGUCCGGCCACGUUACAUCACGUUAGGCGGCAAAACACAAUGUGAAAAAUAAUAUAUUAUAUUUAUCAAAAUUAUAAAUUGUACAAUUGCUCCACUUCUGUACAGAUCGCCCAAAUGUGCAUCUUUGAUUUACAGGUACUAUGUUCCUGUUACACUUGAUUUUCUUUGUUUAUUUUGGGGAAUUUUCUGCUUUCUGCUUUCUGUAAAGUGGGGGACAACAAAUGGAGGCUCUUGUAUAUUAUGAUUAUUUUAGAAAAAGACAGUUAAUCAUUCACCCGAGCAUAUUCUGAGGGCUGAGUUUUCUGUCCGUUGAACAGCCCCUGAAGUGUGCAGAGGUGGAGAGAUGCUUCUCGUCUCUUAAGACCAGAGACACCACUCUGUAAAUAGGGAACAGGAAAUACAGAUGUUCCUCAGUAUGAUCUAAAGGGCCGGAUGAUGCAGAGCUAGAGACUGCAGAAGUGCAAUGCAUCCAUGCAUUGUUAGGCUGCUCUUUUAGAUCUACAAGUAUAUACUGCCAUGUUACGA